AUGGAGUCCAGAUUCAAGGAAAUGUUCUUCCACCAGACCGACCCUCAAGAGCUCGAAGAGUCCAUGAAGCAGAACAAGCUCAACCACGAAACCAGCGCUGAAGAGCCCGAAAAGCCCGAAAAGCCUCUGAAGCAGAUCAAUCGCCAACAGCGCACUGCACUCCACGAUGCAGCCGAGUUUGGAUAUCCCAACUUUGCCAUCACGUUCAUCGAACACGGAGACGAUGUAAAUGCUGUAGACGCGAGAGGGCGCACUCCACUCCACGCCGCUGUACAAGCAGGACAAGAGGGUAUGGUGCGUCUCCUCAUCAAGAGGGGUGUAAAUGUGAACAUCCAAGACAAGGAAGGACUCACCCCUCUGCAUGUUGCUGUCGAGAUGCGCUCAGAGUCUUUGGCCCGCCUGCUUGUGGAGUCAGGGGCUAAUCCACGCGCUGAGAAUUGGGAUGGGCACACCCCGUUGCUCUUUGCUUACUUGUUAGGGGAAAAUGAGAUUCUCGAGCGUCUUGUCAAGACGAAUCGAUCUACAGGGGAAGCAGUACGGUCGAGUGCGCUUUGUGGAUACCUGGUCAACAUGCGCCCUUUGGCCAUGAUGAAAUCUGUCUUCUGUUGA